AUAGAAUAACAAGUCAACAACGUAAACAUGUCGAUUGUCGACCACCUCCUUUGUCUCACUUUCCAUCAUUUUCCAAUUGCUUUUUUCAGCUUCAAAUACAAAUUCAAAUCACCAUGGUUUUCAAUUUCUCAGUUGAUCACUGAGAAUAUCAAAUGGAAAAAAAGAUUGGUUAUAGUGAUGCAAACAGAAAAUACUAUGGAAGUGCUCUAUGUUGGUGGUUAACAGUUUCAGUUGUAGCAAUCCUUGUAGUAGCUGCUGGUGUUUUUACUAUAUUCAUCAACUUUCAUCGUCUUUCUCAUUCACCUCAACCCUCCAACAUCGUUCCAAAAUAUGCUUCCUCUUUUCAGUUAGCCCUCCAAUUUUUCGACGUCCAAAAAUCUGGUAAGCUGAAGAAUAAUAGGGUUUGGUGGAGAGGGGAUUCAGGGCUAAGAGAUGGUAGCGAGGAAAAUUUGGAUUUGUCGAAAGGAUUGUAUGAUGCUGGUGAUCUUGUGAAAUUUGGGUUUCCAAUGGCUUUCACUGCUACUGUAUUGUCUUGGGCUAUUCUUGAAUAUGGACAUAACAUGGAUGCAGUUAAGCAGCUAGAUUAUGCAGUAGACUCACUUAAGUGGAUCACUGAUUAUCUUGUUAAUGCACAUCCUUUUGCUGAGGUGCUUUAUAUUCAGGUAGGGGAUCCUGAGGUAGACCACAAUUGCUGGGAAAGGCCCGAAAACAUGACCGAAAAAAGGCCACUCACUCAAGUUAACUCAUCUUACCCAGGAACAGAAGUUGCAGCAGAAACCGCAGCGGCGUUAGCCUCAGCAUCUCUAGUUUUUAAGGAGAUUAAUCUCACUUACUCUCAGAUUCUCCUUGAACAUGCUCAGCAACUGUUUAUUUUUGCUGAUACAUACAAAGUUUCUUACAGUGUUAGUAUUCCACAAGUUGGAAAAUACUAUAACUCAUCUGGUUAUGAGGAUGAACUUUUAUGGGCAAGUACCUGGCUCUAUCAUGCAACAAAGGAUCCAUCAUAUCUAAAUUAUGUGACAGAGAAAAAUAAGAAUGAAUUUGGCAGUUUAGGAAGUGGUUCUUGGUUUAGUUGGGAUGAUAAGCAUGCUGCAACUCAGGUCCUUUUGUCAAGACUAAAUUUCUUUGGUGCUGGAGAUGUUCCAGAUACAGAGAACCUUGACCUUCAGAAGUACAGAGAAACUGCUGAAAUACUCAUGUGCAAGUUUCUACCAGAUUCACCAACAGCCACAACCAACAGAACCAAAAGUGGACUGAUUUGGGUGGUACCAUGGAAUUCUUUGCAACAUUCAGUUGCUUCUGCAUUCUUAGCUGUUAUUUAUAGUGAUUACAUGUUCACAUCUCAAACCGAAAAUCUAUAUUGUAGUGGGAAAAUGUAUAAGCCAGUAGAUCUCCGUAAAUUCGCCAUUUCUCAGGUAGAUUAUGUGUUGGGAGAAAAUCCAAUGAAUAUGAGUUUUCUUGUGGGACACGGAAGUGAAUACCCUAAAUACAUACAUCAUAGAGGAUCUUCAAUUCCAGUUGAUGCUAAAACUGGCUGUAGGGAUGGAUUCAAGUGGUAUGACUCACCUGACCCUAAUCCUAAUGUGGCAUUUGGAGCUAUAGUGGGUGGCCCCUUUUUCAAUGAGACAUAUAAUGAUUUCAGGAAUAACUCAAUGCAAGCUGAACCAACCACUUAUAGUAAUGCACUUUUAGUUGGUCUCCUCUCUGGCUUGGUUGCUAGUUCCUCUGUAGUUUCCUCUUUCUAGAAUCCAAAUAUGUUGUGUAUAUAUGUGAUCCAAUUUUGUUGUGGCAUGUGUAAAUACUCCCCCACAUUAGCUUUAUUUGGCAUCAACACCUUCCUUCUAAAUGAGAUGCUAGCAUAAUCCCAAAAAAUGAAAAAAAUGAGAUGCUAGUAUCAUAUUGUACAAAGUAUCUAAUGCCGUUUUGUAGUGAAUACUGAAUAGUGUCUAAUCUCUUUCGAAAAACUUGUUAGACACACGAAAUGGAUUCUCUCUCAUUUUUCAAUUGUGUUUUCUUCAUAUACAAGAGUCAACCACAUGUUGGUAUCUAAUCGAUAAACCGAACUUAAUGGUUU